UAAGGCUGACUGAUGACUAAGCAGGUAUGAACAUUUCAGCUGGUUCAAUUUAGGGAACAUCAGUGGAAACACACUGAGCAUGCAGAUUACACGGAGCAGAUGAGGAAAUGGGCGUGCAGUGCCCAGAGGCAGUUUACUUCAGCGACACACGCUUGUGAUUUUCAUAAAAGAGCAACAACAGGUACUUAUAACUGUCUUGGUGCCUCUUUAAAGAACCCCAAAACUGAAAGCAUGGUGACCCCGAGUCUGUGCCAAGCAGCCUUCGCGGUGUUUCGGCAGAUUGAGCCGAUCAUCGUGCUGGAGCAGCUGGGCAGCACUCUCUUCGAUACGGCCUUGCAGAUGGUGGUGAGGGACCGAUGCGCCAACAUCACCGACUCCGUUCACUCCAGAGAGGAGAACCAGCAGAGAGGCAUCACUGACUUCUAUAUGACCUACAACCUCAUCAUCCGGAUCUUGCCAAUCAUACCUGCGCUGGUCCUGGCCAGACUCAGCGACCGCGGCUGGAGGAAGGCGCCCAUCAUGGUGCCCCUGAGCGGGUACCUGUUGUCCAGGCUUGCCCUGCUCCUGGUGGUCAUUUUCGGUCUCCCGCUCAAGGUGAUGUUUGCAGCCGCUGUGGUGUUCGGGCUUUCCGGGGGGUUCAGCGCCUACUGGCCAGGCGUGAUGACUCUGGCGUCGUUGGGCUCCUCUGCGGCUAAUCGCUCCCAGGUGAUGAUGAAAGUGGAGCUGCUGUAUGGGUUAGCAGGACUGGUGAGCAGCUUGGUGUCAGGUCAUCUGUUCCUGCUGUACAGCUCCAGUUUGGGAAAUGGAACCAUCCUGCUCUCUGUGAGCACGCUGCUGCACCUGCUCUGCCUCAUAUUCUCUAUAGCCCUGCUGCAGGUGAAACAAGCGAACAGCGAGGACUCGGAGGAUAGCUACCACCUCCUCUCUCACGCCUCUCGUAAUACUCGUCUCAUCGCGGCUCCUGGGAUAAACAUGGUGAAUGUGGUUCUUCUGUUUGUGGCAGCCUUUCUCUAUGACUUUGCUGUCGGUGGAGCCAUAGAGAUCCUGGGCUCCUUUGUGCUGAAAUCACCACUCAGCUGGACUGCCACAGAAGUGGGAUACGGGAAUGCGGCAGGCUGUAUGAUUUUCCUCACCAGUUUCAUCGGUGUCAUUGUGUUCCGAAAAUGCAUCUCUGACGAAACGAUGAUCCUGAUUGGCAUGCUGUCGUUUGCUUCGGGCAUCUACCUCAUGUCUUUCGUCACCCAGACCUACUUGUUCUACAUCGCUCGUUUAUUAAACCUCUUUGCACUCAUCCCGAUGCCAACAAUCAGGUCUCUGGUCUCGCAGCAGGUUCCAGCAUCCUCAUGUGGCACAGUUCUCACCUUGCUGCAGAUGACCCUGAAGUUGGCCGGCGUAGCCUACAUUCCCACUUUCACCAAGAUCUAUCAGAACAGUCUGAACUGGCUCCCAGGCUUAGUCUUUUUGCUCUCCAGCAUCAUCACAGUACUUGCAAUGAUACCCAUCAGCAUCGUCGGCUGCAGGUCGGCUCAGACUCAACAGUAUGUGAGGAUUCAGGGAGACUGAAGGAGCACCACAGAAACCAGCAGUGAGCUCUUUUUUAGAACAAGCCAGCAAGGAAAUGAGACUUGAAGUGGUCAAAAUUUGAACAUGUCACUUCCUCAAAUGUUGAAGCUGAAACAGGGCAGAACACAGUGUUUCUUUUAUAUUUGCCUUAACUACCUUGAAUUCCCUUUUAAUGUGGUGUAAAAUGCGUGUGUGGACUGAUGACACUAUAUGACAAAUAUGCCAAACCCGUUUGACAAAAAGGUUGCAAGUUUUUGAAAUUGUCUAAAGGUAAAGUAAAACGUCAUCGACCCGAUGCUUACAUCAGCCGGUUAGGUUCAUGACUUUAGUUAGAAAAACAGAAGUCAUUUUAAAAAUGACUCAAACCCAGUACUUUCAACACUCUGGAGAUUUAGCAGUUGAAUCAGUGCUUCUGAGAACAUUACAUGAAUUGCGUUAAAGUUUGUUUCGAGCACCGAAAAUAAUCUAAGCUACUCUUUGACAGACAAAACAAAGGAUUAGAGAUAAACUGAUCAUAGUUCUGAGGCCACCUUCUGGUGUCUGCUUUUGUAAAGCUUUGACUUGCUUAUACAAAUGUUUUGCAUGUCAUAAACCCGUCACACACCAUGUGUGUGAGAGAAGCAGGGUUUGAAGCAGUUGAAAUUUUAACCUGUCUUUAGCAGCUUAUAUUGGCAAACAAUAUCAGCAUUAAUAUAUAUCAACAGCUGUCUCUCUCUAUGGAUUCCUGAGAGAAUGUAAACCCUUAGCAUUUGAGAAUGCUGCCAACGUUUCCUGAUCCAUCAUUUUCAAAAAGAGGUUAAAAUCUCAAAGGGAAAAAAACACAGCAACUUUGCUCUUAUAGGUUUCAGCCUUCCUGUUAUCUGGUGAAGGCUUUGCUUGCUGUGUAAAAGUAGCAACAUGAAUAAAAAAAAAAAAAACAUGAUUCGGUAGAAAAAUAUUUUUUUCUUUUUGUUGCUGCCCUAGUGGUCUUUAAUUUGCAGCAUACAGACAGGAAAUGGGCAGACAGAGAUGGGGGAAGACAUGCAACAAAGGUCCCAGGAUCAAGAACCGAACCGUGGAUGGCUGCGUCGAGGACUCGUAGCUGCUGUAUAAUAAUGCUGUAAAAUCGACCAGUUUCUCAGUGCAUCCUUUAGUAUAAUUUGUGUGCUAGAGAAAUUCACAUUCAGGUGAUAGCAAGACCUCACCUUUUCAAGGGCUCAGUGUAAUUUGAUUUAUGGCUCUAGAGAAAUUAUUAACAAUGUAUACAAUAAUAUACUGGCAUAUGAUGUCCUCUCCAAAAGUCACUGCAGCUUACUGGAUCCUGCAGAAAUCGCUGACGUUUCUCCUCCACUGCUUCAGUCAUGUUAUUCUUUAUAAGAUUCAGCUUGAGAGAUAAGGGAUGUCUGAUGAUUUUUUUUAAACAAAUAAACAAGUUUGCUUGUUAGAAAUCAGAGCAGUUACUGUUUAAAUGUGUUGCUUUUUUGUUGCCUUAAAUGCAGAUUGUUAUGAGAGCUGUUGUCACUAUAGUUUUAAGUCCUACUGUAGCAGGUCGAUAGAAAAAAAGAAGCCAAUCGCUAUAUUGCAAACCAAUCAUAUGUGCCAAAGCAUAUUUUUGUUCAAAUAUUUGUUUUCAAGUGGCUGGAAAUUGUAUUUCAUAUGAUUUAAAUAGUGGCGCUUAAAUCAGUUAAUGAACGAAUGGGAUGGUAGGCGGCCGAUUUGAUGCUUUUCCCUUCUAAUUCUUGGUGCCAGUCACACAUAAAGCAUCUGGUAAUAAAGACACAUUUUUAUUAUGUUUGUGUUAGUUGAAACUUUCAUGCACUGUUUAAACCCGAUGCCUUAUAAUCAAUAUUGUUGCUUUUCAAGGUAAAUGGAGACAAAGUGUUAAAAGAAACAUUGCUUUUAUGUAAUUCUUAAAUUGUACACGUUCUUUUAUGUCUCAAUGCUGAAUGGUUAAGUUUCAUGUUUACCUGAUUUUCUUGCUGUUACUUUUCACACUUGAUCACUGAAGUCUGUAGUUGUACUUAUCUAUGUAAGAGACCUUAUUUACCCUUUAUAAACAUAUGUUUGCUUGUAUGGUUUUUUUUAUGUGUAAAACUAUCUACACAAUUUAGGAAAUCAUUAAAAUGUCUCUUAUAAUUACGGCAGCCUUAUUGCAGCAGUUUAAAAUCAUUUUUCUCUGUUUGUAUUGACUAAUUGUAUAAUUCUGAUGCACUACAUUGUUUUAAUUGCUCAUGUCUAUCUUUGUACAUAUUUAUGUACAUUAAAUUAGUUUUCCAGACUAAA